AUGACCCAGCAACUUGUACAACCGUUGCUGAAAGCAUUAGAAAAAUUGCCAUUGCAUAGUAAAACAUUGGAUUUGCUAGCAUGCAAGCUAAAAGGUGAUGAAUUAAAAACGGUCAUUAUACCACUAGCGAAGCUCGUUUCUAAUUUAGAAAGCUCACGAGCGGAAACUCAGCGCAUCAAGGCUCUAGAAUCAAUCAUAUACCAUACACAUUUUGUUUGGGGUAGCCCCCUACCUGUCCAUUUGAAAAUGUUUCAGUCUCAUUACACAGAUAUGCUCAUGCACUGGCCCUACGAAAGACACAGGUCCAUUCUGAACAUGGAAAAGCCAAGAUCUACUUCUCUGCGAUACCGCUGGGAGGAUAGCAGUAAGACUGUGCUAUCAAUGGCUGAGUACUCGAAAAAUCCGUGGAUUGAAGACAAUAUCUUGAGCAAAAAGCUGACGAUUAUACAGAGAGAUUUACUAUUCCACUCGGUUUUCAGUCACUACCUCUUCUUGAAGGCAAAUCCUCGACUCUGUAAUAAUGGCAGAAACCUCCCGAUCCCCAUCGUUGAGAUCCCAAUGAGACCACUAGGAAAUGAUAUCGCGGUGUCACGGAUAAAAAACCUAUUCAAGAGCAAAGUGGCACAUACUUACAGAAUACUAGCCAUCGAAAACCCUGUUCUAUCUCGAGGUAGUGAAAAUAUACUAAGUGAGAUCAUAAGCGAUGCAAGCUCUCGCAAACAGCGCCGUUUGUAUCAGGCAUCUUGCAAGAGAGCUUACGUGAUGGAAUAUGAUGACGGUGAACACGGUAAUGAGCUCUCGCUACCUCACUUCAGGCCCAGUUCGCUUUUAUUGAACAUUUGA